AUGGCUCCUUUGAUUAAUUGUAUCCCUAUUAAGAAGGAGGAAGGAUUGAUUGAAGGAUUGAGUACCCCUGUUCGUGAAUUUGAAAAUGAUAUCGCUCUUUUUUGUAGUCAUGGAGAGAAGGAUGUGAUGUUGUGUUUUUGGAAUGGGUUAACUACUAAUGAGAAGGAAGGAUUUGUUCAUGGACUUCGGUUUACCAAAAAGAAAUACAACCAUGAAGGUGAGUCUGAUUCUGCCUUUGAUGAUUCAAUUGAUAACAUUAGAAAACUCUCCUCUGCCCACUCAAAAAGAGGUUGA